GCAGAAUGUCACUCCGGUGUGUCAAAGUCCACGUAGUCUCACAAACUCGUGUCGUCUUGGACAUUCACAUUAUUCAGCUUCAUCAUGGCUGGACAGCUGCUGUUAGUCGUCCUCAUGUAUUCCUUCGCUGAAAUGAAAGCACAAGCUCUUCCUCCACCUACACUGACAGUGAAUCCAUCGGUGAUCACAGAGACAGACUCCGUCACACUGAACUGUCAGACUCCAACAUCUGUUUCUGUGUCUCAGUGUUAUUUCUACACUGUAAGUGGAGGAAAUGUCAGAGGCUUCUCUUGUCAGCAGACACUGACAGGAACAUAUCUGCUGAAGAUGACAAGUCAGAGUUCACCUGCUGAGGUUAAAAUGAAAUGUUUUUACACUGAAAAGCUUGGAGAGUUAGAUUCUCAAUCUCCACACAGUGACACGUCCUCCAUCAUCAUACACACUCUUCCUCCACCUACACUGACAGUGAAUCCAUCAAUGAUCACAGAGACAGACUCCGUCACAAUGAACUGUCAGACUCCAUCAUCUGUUUCUGUGUCUCAGUGUUAUUUCUACACUGUAAAUGGAGGAAAUGUCAGGAUCUUCUCCUGUCAGCAGACACUGACAGGAACGUAUCUGCUGAAGAUGACACACCAGAGUUCACCUGCUGAGGUUAAAGUGAAAUGUUAUUACACUGUAAUGUUUGGAGAGUUCAAUUCUCAAUCUCCACACAGUGACACGUCCUCCAUCAUCAUAAACACUCUUCCUCCACCUACACUGACAGUGAAUCCAUCAAUGAUCACAGAGACAGACUCCGUCACACUGAACUGUCAGACUCCAUCAUCUGUUUCUGUGUCUCAGUGUUAUUUCUACACUGUAAAUGGAGGAAAUGUCAGGAUCUUCUCCUGUCAGCAGACACUGACAGGAACAUAUCUGCUGAAGAUGACACAUCAGAGUUCACCUGCUGAGGUUAAAGUGAAAUGUUAUUACACUGUAAAGCUUGGAGAGUUCAAUUCUCUAUCUCCAUACAGUGACACGUCCUCCAUCUUCAUACACAAAACAGAUAGUAUGACCCCUAUGACUCCAAAAUCUGGUGAUGAAUUAACAGGUUUGAGUGUUAGUACUCCUGGCAUUCAAGAAAGCUCUGUCUCUGCAGCCCCUCUGGAAACAGCUUCAGCAGAAAUGUGGAUCUGGACGUUGCCCGUCGCUGUGGCUGGUUGUGGAGCAACUGUGGGAAUCAUCUUACUGAUUUCAGCAGUUUUGUGGAAGAAAAGAAAAGCUGCAGGUUCUGAGGAAGAGACAAGGCAGGAGUCUCAAAAUGAGAAUUAUGACACAUACCAUUUGUACUCCACCAUCUCUGAGGAGCCAGCUUCUACAGUCCUGAAGGACAUGAUGUACAGCAGCGUGCAGGCACACUGAAAUGCAAACUGUUUUACACCGUAUAAAGAGGAGACAGUCGAAGGAAGUGUUAGAAAUGUAAAGUUUAAAGCUGACAUCUAUAAUCUAUUCUAGAGUCUAGAUUAUAGAUGUCAGCAAGAAUCAGGACAUACAGCUAGUCUAGAAUGUAGACUAAUGUUACACUGCUGUGAUGUCUUUCUCAGACCAAACCAAAGUUUCCCAUGUUUAACAGCCAGAUCCAAUUUUAAGUUGUAAUAGUUCAUUUUACUCCUGUUUGUAAAUUUUGUUUUGUUUUCUGACAUGUUUCCUGUUUAAUCUUGAUCACCACACUCCAUGGCAUUUUCCUGCUGAAGACAAAGUCAUUUGUGAUACAUAUGGAUCUGUACAGGGUCAAAUAUUAAAUAAUAACAUGGUGAAUGUAGGCUUACUCCUGUUGAACUGGGAAAGACAGCAGUGAAUGCUGAUAGAUGUGAACUGGCUUUGUUGUUGGACAAGUUGGGUCUAUAAUUUAUAGCUUUAUCCCUCAUUUCAACAUAUCAUAAUCAAUCAGAUCAUGAUGUCACAGUACCUGAAAGUGACUACUGAGAUCUGGGAACACCACAGAAUGACUACAGUAAGUCAGAGAGUGCAGGAAACAUGAGUGGUCAGACCACUUUAUUGAGAAGUGAAACUGGUCUGUGAACUGACAGUUUGACUUCUUUCCAUGUUGGAUGUCUUUUGAACAAUAUCACUACAUUCCCAUGUCUCAGCAAUUCACUUGGUGAGUACAGCCAGCAAAAUAAUAUUAUAGAUUAACCACAGACCCAGAUUAAUAAAAUAAUGAUACAUAAUUUGUAGAAACAAAUCUAAAGUGAGCCAGAAUUACAUUAGGUCAAUGUUGCAUGAUUUCCUUUGCAAAGUGUCUGUUGUAUAAAUUGGUUGAGGCCCACAUGAAUGUAAAGUGGUUUUGUAAUUGAUGAAAGAUAAGAACGCAGUUUACACAAACAUAAACCAUUAUGGCUCAUCCGGCCUUAUUGCACAUUUUAUUUCAAAUAACAAUUGUGAAAUGUCUUGAAAAAUAUCGAAAACAACAGUUUUUUUUUGUAUGCAUUUGUUUUUCUGAAUGUAAACAUGUUCAUUUACAUGUGUGCAGGUAAUACAUAAUUUGUAUUUGACCCACCU